GUCCGCUGAGCGCCGGCGGUCACCUGGGGCUCGCGGGGCAGCCGGAUCGCGGCGGGGCCGGCGCUCUCACCGCGGAGGUGGGAGACGGGGCCCUGACGCCAGGUGCCGGGAGCCGUCUUGGUGCGUGGCCGUCCCGCGCCUCUCCGCGCCGGAGGAUGCGGGAGCGCAUCUGGGCGCCGCUGCCGCCGCUGCUGCUGCUGCUGUUGCUCCCGCCGCCACUGUGGGGCGGCCCCCCGGACAGCCCGCGCCCGGAGCUGCCGCGCGAGCCCGGGCCUCUGCAGCCCUUCGACCUGCUCUACGCUAGCGGCGUGGCCGCCUACUACAGCGAGGACUACGAGCAAGCGGUGCGCGACUUGGAAGCGGCGCUGCGCAGCCACUGGCGCCUGCGGGAGGUCCGAGCGCGCUGCGCCCGCCACUGCGCCGCGCGCCGCCCGCUCGCGCCCCCCGGCGCCGGCCCCGCGGCCGAGCUUCCUUUCUUCCGCGCGCUGCUGCAGCGGGCGCGCUGCUACCGCAGCUGCCAGACCCAGCGCCUCGGGGGCCCCGCGUCCCGCCACCGCGUCAGCGAGGAUGUGCGCAGCGACUUCCAGCGCAGAGUGCCCUACAACUACCUGCAGCGGGCCUACAUCAAGCUUAACCAGCUGGAAAAGGCAGUGGAAGCAGCCCACACAUUUUUCAUGGCCAACCCUGAGCACAUGGAAAUGCAGCAGAACAUCGAGAAUUACAGAACGAUGGCAGGCGUUGAAGCACUCCAGUUGGUAGAUCUAGAAGCCAAACCGCAUCUGGAGAGUUACAGUGCAGGAGUUAAACAUUAUGAGGCUGAUGACUUUGAGCUUGCUAUCAAGUACUUUGAGCAAGCUCUCAGAGAAUAUUUCAAUGAAGAUACAGAGUGCAGAGCCCUGUGUGAGGGGCCUCAUAGAUUUGAAGAGUAUGAGUACUUAGGGUACAAAGCUGGUCUCUAUGAAGCCAUUGCAGAUCACUAUAUGCAGGUGCUGGUCUGUCAGCACGAAUGCGUGAGGGAGCUUGCAACUCGCCCUGGUCGCCUCUCUCCGAUUGAGAACUUUCUUCCCCUGCAUUAUGACUACCUACAGUUUGCCUACUAUCGAGUUGGUGAAUAUGUGAAAGCCUUGGAGUGUGCCAAGGCCUAUCUUCUCCUCCAUCCAGAUGAUGAGGAUGUCCUAGACAAUGUGGAUUACUAUGAGAGUCUCCUAGAUGACACCAGUGACCCAGCAUCCAUUGAGGCCAGAGAGGAUUUGGCAAUGUUCGUGAAGCGUCAUAAAAUGGAAUCAGAACUAAUAAAAUCAGUUGCAGAGGGUCUGGGAUUUUCAUACACAGAACCGAAUUAUUGGAUCCGAUGUGGAGGACGCCACGAUGAGAAUCGGGUCCCUUCAGGAGUGAACGUGGAAGGGGCAGAAGUUCAUGGACUGUCAAUGGGGAAAAGGUCAUCACCCAAGAUAGAUCGAGACUUAAGAGAGGGUGGCCCUCUGCUCUAUGAGAACAUCACAUUUGUCUAUAACUCGGAGCAACUGAAUGGGACUCAGCGGGUUCUCCUGGAUAACGUCUUGUCAGAAGAACAGUGCCGGGAGCUCCACAGCGUGGCCAGUGGAAUCAUGCUUGUUGGUGAUGGAUACAGAGGAAAAACUUCACCCCAUACACCCAAUGAGAAGUUUGAAGGUGCAACCGUCCUGAAAGCACUCAAGUUUGGUUACGAAGGCCGAGUCCCACUGAAGAGUGCCCGUCUGUUUUAUGACAUCAGCGAGAAGGCUCGAAAGAUUGUAGAAUCCUAUUUCAUGCUGAACUCAACCCUGUAUUUUUCCUAUACACACAUGGUCUGCCGAACUGCUCUGUCUGGUCAGCAGGAUAGAAGAACUGACCUCAGUCACCCCAUCCAUGCCGACAACUGCCUGUUGGAUCCUGAGGCCAACGAAUGCUGGAAGGAGCCUCCUGCUUACACGUUCCGGGACUAUAGUGCUCUCCUGUAUAUGAAUGAUGACUUUGAAGGAGGAGAGUUCAUUUUCACUGAGAUGGAUGCCAAGACUGUGACCGCCUCUAUCAAACCAAAGUGUGGCCGUAUGAUCAGCUUCUCGUCUGGGGGAGAGAACCCGCAUGGAGUGAAGGCGGUAACCAAGGGCCAGAGGUGUGCCGUGGCUCUGUGGUUUACCUUGGACCCACUUUAUAGAGAAUUGGAGCGAAUACAGGCCGAUGAAGUGAUCGCCAUCCUGGAUCAGGAACAGCAAGGGAAGCAUGAACUGAAUAUCAACCCCAAAGAUGAGCUAUAAAGAUGAGGGAAAGAAAAGUUCUAUCAGAUAUUUAUUUAAAUUGUUAAUCUUAUGAGAACCCUUUUAUUUUUGUACAGAGCCACGGUAUAAAUUAACAGGCUAAUCCGAGUCGCCAGAUGCCCCUUCCGUUCCUGAGGAUGCUUGCUUUGCCUCCCUCAGCCUGUCCGUCUUGGUUUCUCAUCAGGUCAUCUCUCCCCUUCCCCUCCGUGCACAGUCACACGUGCACGCAUGCGUGUUGUUUGCUACAGAUCCGAAAUCUCAAGCAGAGAGAAUAAGUUUAUUCUUGGCGAAACUACACCUCUCCUGCGUGCUCCAGUUCUAAAGUUAGCAUGUGAUUUGGACUCAGAAGCCUUUCUGGCCCCGUGCCCUUCAGCAACACCCUUUCCCAGUGCAGGGGGGGCCAUGAGCUGGAGUUCCAGGAUCCCCCAGCAGGGUCUGCACUGCCUUGCGUGUCCCUGGAUCCACUCGGAAGAACGCUGCAGGAGACGGAGGGGCCCAGCCUCGCCAGGGCCUUGGUGGACUUACUGGCCCUGGGAUUUUCACCUGAGGACAAAUUUACACUGGAAGCUUUGAUUCCUCCUCCACAGUGCUCCAGAAAGGACUGCCCGAAGACUUGUGUCUUUAAAAAAUGUUGUUCAAGGGGUUGAAGUAGAAAGACUCUUCACCCCAGUGCCUUUGGAAGAAAAUCUUCAAUCCCACAUGACUCAGAGCAUCACCGACACGUUGCCUGAGUGUGGGGCCCAUUGAUGAGUAGGGGCAUUUUGUACGAAAAAUGGAUUUUGGACUGAUUCCCAUCCUCAGCACAUGUAUUUUGGUCUCCCCUCAUCUUGGCUGCUAUCCAGUUCACAGAUCGUGCUUGGGUCUGAUUGUUUAAUACAGGGAGCCUGAUCCUAACAUCUGGCAUUUAUUUGUUUUUCUUCUCCCAAACAUUUGGUGUAUCCUCAGGUAAUGGUUUUUGACUUUGGGGCAGCCCAGGGACAACACUGGGCUCUGACUUGUUUGGCUGGCAGCUGCUUCAGGGCCACAAAGAAAGUGGAAACAGUGCUUUUGAAGGCAUGAAAAUGGUUAACAGAGGUGUUCGUCCAGAGAACAUCUGGUCCUAGGCCAGAAUUCUAAGGAAGCCCUGCAGAGACAUUAUUCGGGGUGGGGCUGGGGUUGUUCUAGUCUCGGGAAGCCUGCUAACCGGUGGGAGAUUAUUUGCCUCUGUGAGGGGCUCUAGUAGGGGUAGUAUUUCUUAAGAAAAUCAGCAGUUCUAAACAUUCUCUGAAAAAAUCACAUUUAUUGGUUGUCAUUUAUGAUCUUGGUUGAUGCUUAAGCACAUUCAUCCUUUGAGACUGAAAAAUUGACUCACAGUGAGUUAUGUGAUUUCCCUCUGAUUUCCACCCAACCUUCAACUGGGAGAAGGGAAGGAGCAUUAGGCUGUAACCCCAGCUGGAUCCAGUAUGCCCUGCUGUGUGACCUGGAGCUACUGUCUCUCCCUUUCUGGGCUUCAAUUUCCUUAUCCAAAAAUGACAUAACAGGUUAAAUUGCUCCCAAAAGCCCUUCUGCCUCUUGCUUUAAAUACAACACAAACAAUGAAUCAUGGAACACUACAUCAAAAACUGAUGAUGUACUGUAUGGUGACUAACAUAA